AUGGCCAGCGCUAGCGGUCCAACUGAGGAGCUCGAGAAACCUCCACCAUCACUUAAAUCUCAUGUGUGGGAGCAUUUUGGCUUCCCUGUUAAAUAUAUAGAUGGGAAAAGGGUGGUGGAUAAAACCGCCACAGUUUGUCGACAGUGUGGCACGAGGAAGCCUUAUGACACUGGCAACACGUUGUGCAUGGCGGCUCAUUUGAAACGACAUCAUCCUAGUGUGACAGGAGCUAAGACGAGGGCUGUGCAUCAACCGCUGAUAUCCGCGGCAUUAAAGCAGCCCUUUGCUGCCCAAUCCGACCGGGCUAAAGGUAUUACAGAAGCUAUUGGUGUGUUUAUAGCUGCAGACAUGAUGCCAUAUUCCGUUGUACAAAAUAAGGGGUUUAAACAUUUGAUGAACGUGCUUGAGCCACGCUACGACAUCCCGUCGCGCGCCCACUUCAGUGAAAAGGUCGUUCCAAGCAUGUACGAGCAGCAAAAGUCUAAAGUUAUGGCUGAACUGUCUCAGGCAUCUUCUGUUGCGCUAACUACAGAUGGUUGGACCUCCAGGGCAACGGAAAACUACGUGACCGUGACUGCUCAUUACAUCACAGCCGAGUGGGAGAUACGAAGCCCUGUACUGCAGACACGCCCCCUCUAUGAGAGUCACACAGGUACAAAUCUGGCGCACUUACUGAUGGCAGCGGUGGCAGAGUGGAGGAUAGAGAGGCCCAAUACCAAUAUCCCAGUCACAACAGAUAAUGCUAAAAACCAAAUAAAUGCAGUGAACGAGGCAGGACUGGGCCCACAGAUAGGGUGCUUUGCACAUGCCAUUAAUUUAGCAUCCCAAAAGGGAAUUAAAGUGAGUAAGAUGGACCGCCUCCUUGGGAGGAUAAGGAAGGUGGUUUCCUACUUCCACCGAAGUUCAACAGCUGCUCAUGUGCUUAAGACCAAGCAAGAUAUGCUACAGCUGCCUACUCAUAAGCUCAUACAUGAUGUCCCAACAAGGUGGAACUCCACUUAUGAUAUGUUGGAGCGUUAUCUUGAGCAGCAGACAGCUAUAUACUCAGCACUAACAGACAAAACCCUGAAGAAAAAUGUCAGAGACAUCAUCACCUUGUCUGAUGAAGAUGUUAGAGUGGCAGAGGAGGUCCUCCAGCUGCUCAAACCACUCAAAGUGGUUACAACUAUGUUGAGCACUGAAACUGCACCAUCUGUGUCCAUGAUCCUGCCUCUGAAAACAAGGAUCAUACAAUCCAUGGCCCCAAGUGAGGAAGACAGCACCAUCACAAGAGAUGUCAAGACUGCCAUUAGAGAGGACCUGAAGCACAGAUACACUUCACCACCAGCCCUACAGGAUUACCUUCACCGAACUACUGCACUUGAUCCAAGGUUCAAGUCCCUGUCUCACGUAGACCUUGCCCUACGCCUGAGGACAUACAGUGAUCUCACUACUGAGACUGUGAGCAGUCUUGGCACUGCAGACUGUGAAGAGGGUCAAGCAGCACCAACAGGAGGAGACACAAGUCCUCCUCAAAAGAAGUCGGCAAUGGCGGAGCUUUUUGGCGACACCUUUGUACAGAAGGACAUGGGCAGCAAGGCUUUUGCUGACACCAUCAAAGAGGAGGUGGCAUCCUAUGAGGCAGCAAGUGGCAUUCCAGUGGAUGGUGAUCCACUGAUGUGUGCCUAG